ACAUUAAAUAUGAAUUCUAAACCUAAAGGUUCCUUCUUUUCUAAUCUAAAGGUGAUACAUGGGAGACAAUAACAUCGCCAAAAUAUUUUUUUUCCUAGGCAUUACUUCCCUUUAUGUUUACCAGAGCGAUAUGCUUGAGAGACAGUGAUCUACAAUUUUAUUGUUUGUAAUGUAAAAAUGGAAAUUCUUUGUCCAGAUUUUGUAAUUAUCGCAAAAAAUAUAUUAGGCGCAGAAGGUCCUGUAUUCGAUUCAAAUGGUAAUUUUUAUGUGGUUGCACCAGAAGUGGAAAAAGACAGUAAGCCGGCUGGCCAAAUACUAAAGAUUGAUGUUACUUCGGGAAAGGUAAGGAAGUAAACUAAAUACUAAACUAAGACCGAGGGAGGCAUAAGUAGGCGUAGGCUAAAGGAAAGGGGCAGAGGUUAAAGUUAAUAAAUAAAGUUUGAAUCAAACGCUUAUAACAUAUUAAUAUUUGACAUACAUCAUACAUUAACUUGUAUUUAUGAAGUUUAUAAUUUUGCAUAGUUAUUUUAAACUAUAGAUCAAUAAUAAUUAAUUAUUAAUAUGAUGUAUCAUUUGUAUUAGUAUUUAUUUAUUAUCAUCAUUAUUUAUGACCCUUUUAAAUCAUGUGAGUUAAAAGUUAUGCAUAUCCAUCCUGGCCCUGGUUUUACAUUCUUCUUCUUUUUGCUUAAGUCUAUGGAACACAAGCACCGGGUAUAUAAUUUAAUUUUAAAAAAUUAAUAGUUAUUUUAACUUAUAGUAGAUAAUCCUAAUAAUAGUAAUAGCUCCAUCAAUUCAAUGCUUUAUACCAUUAUACUCCUACCACUGUCCACUAUCUUAUCACCUAAUUUUUUAUUCACCUAACUACUUAACUACAGUCAUAUAAUAGGACAUGGGGCAGCUCUUGCUCAUUCAUAUUAUUAUUAAUAAUAAUAUUAUUGACAGUAUGUAGUACUGUACUGUAUAGAGACCUAUUAAAAUUAGCAUAUACUAAAGGGCCAUCCAUAAAUGACUUCCCAUGCCUGAAAAACAGGGGGAUUGGUGGGGGAGGGGGGGGGUGACAUAUUUGUAAUGAUAGGAAAGAUAGGGGGUGGGGGGUGGUGGAGGCCUAAGCAAUGGUAUGUCACAAAAAAGUGAAACCUAAUUAAAAAAACUAGCACUGAUUAACAGUAAUUUAAUUAUUAAAAGAAAAAUAUUUUUAAUUAUAAUAUAUUUAUUAUUUGUAGUUUGGAGAUGUUUUAUUCUAUUUGAUUCAAUGUUUCCAUCUUCAUUAUUACUGAAUACUGUGUGAAUCAGCACUGUGGAGAGACAGUAGACUUUCACAGGUAUGCUAAUUUCCACCUGUCUCUGAGAAUCAAGUUACAGGAUGGAGCUGGGGAAAAUGAUCAAAUGAGCAGUGGCAAUUGCCAACCAAGAUAAAUUAAGGCCAAAACAUUGAAGAGGGAAAGUAGGAAAAGGCCCACAGGAAUUGGGAAGGAAAAAUAGCUGACAGAGAAAAAACUGAUGUCAGUAAUUUUGUAGGGCAGAGUUUCCCAAACAUUUUAAGAGUCAUUACGCUCUUGCUGCAUCCAGAUUUUCACGAUGGCAUUCCAUGUCAAAUUCUAACAAGUUCACAGCGAAAUUGCGAAUUUUUACUGAUUUUUAUUUAUAUUGUGGUGCCUCUAUGAGGAAGCCACUGCUCCAAAGGACGCCAUCAUGCUGCAGCUUGAGGAACCCUGUUUCAAGGAGAACUUUGUCUGACAAAGGUGUGAUAAUUCAAUGGGCCUAUUCAUUGGAUAGGAAUCUUUUUGAGUUUGUAAAUGAAAUGUUAAGGCAUAAGUGGACAGAUCGAUUUCUCUUCUGAACUCUGCACUCACUGACUUAUUUUAUUAGAUAGGAAACAAUUUAAUUUACAAUCAAUCUAAAAACUGCCCAACUAUUCAUGUUACAAAUAUGCGAUGACAAUGAGGGUGAUCUGAAAAAUUAGCAGAACUGAAACAUUAUAUUUGUUGGAAUACUGGGGAGGGUUGUGACAUUGAGCCUAAAGCUAAAAUGAUAAUACGUCAUGGCAAUGGUGGCCCAGUAUGUACCAGUGGAAUCUAAAAAUGGUUUUCUAAAAGUAAAAAUGGGCCAUAGUUUAUUGCUGUAUAAAUAAUGAAUGUUUAUUUAGUUUAAGGUUGUCACCAAGGCUUAUAAUAAAAUACGUACAUCACUUAUGUAAUUUAACUUGUUGCAACUGAAAUGCUUUUAAGUGACUUAAGUCUAUGUUCAUAUAUUUAGUUCUUGUGAGAAGUAUCACAGGAGAACCCAAGUUGAUAAAAAUUUGGUCCUACCUCAUAUAAUAUUUUAAAAAGUGAAUUCUACAAUGACAAGACCUAGCAAUUUUCAAGAGUUUGAAUUUUCACUGCCCAACAUCCUGCAAACAAAAUGCCUAUCUCGCACUCAUCCGUCCGGUACUAGAAUAUGGUGCAAUCAUCUGGGACCCAUACCUAAAGCAAGACGUGGACAAGAUGGAGCGAAUACAAUGUAACGCAGUGUGCUUCAUCGCAAGUGACUACAAAUCCACCACUCCUGGCUUAGUCACUGACCUCUUAAAAAGAUUUGACAUCCCCUUCCUCAAAGACAGAUGAGAAAAGCUCCGUUUUAUUAAGUUUUCACAGGGCUAGUGCUGGCCAUACCAGCUAACACGUAUCUCACCCCACAGAAGCCAGGUUGUUUAAUCAGAGCCAAACACUGACUUCACCUCUGACAACUCCAUGAGCAGUUACAUCCGGAACAAUGGUAAAUGGUUCACUGUGCCUCGUCGUAACACAGUCCAAUAUAAAUAAUCGUUCUUCCCACGAACAAUAAUUGCUUGGAACCAACUGGACAAUGCUGCCGUGGACUCAACAUCACUUGAGAGUUUCAAGGCUGCCCUGGCACCCGCUAGGAGUCGUUAGGAUAGCCGCAUCGUUUCCAAAACCGUUGCACAUAUGCCGGUACUUGGUUGCAGCAACAUAGUCUAUCAGAAUUUAUUUAUUUAUUCUUGUAUUUUUUGUGGGGUGCAGGUGAAAAAUAUAUACAAUUUGUUAUAAUCUAUAGGCCCUACAUAAUUUAAAUAUUACGUUCAUUAUUUUUGUAACAAUUAAAGUUACUUUAAUUAUGCCCAAUAGAAUAAUAAAUUUGAAAAACACCCACAAGAGAGUUUGGAUCCACUAAGUAAUGCAUACUAAAGGAAUUCUAGUUCUAGCUAUUAGGUCUUAAUUAAAUAUUUGGGUGCUGGAUGGCCAAGUGGGCUAAACUGAGUCAAUUCCAAACUUGUGGAUUGGAGAUCAAACCCCUAUCAAAGAUAAGCAAAAACACCACCAGCACCCUGGGUGGAUGAUACUUGUUAACCUUGGAUGGCAACUCAUCUAUGAGAAGGACAACUCUGAAUUCAAACCCAGAGAUGGAGUCCUGUAGGCGGUAUGACUUUGAUACAAUUCCGGCAACUCCUGCCACGCUGGUGCAUGGAGAGACCUGACUUGGUGUCUCUGUCACCAGCUUCUCCUCUAAAGAAAACAUUCCAGGCCCUUUGAUUUUGUCCUGUAAUAUUUACACCAUCGUCACAUGUGUAAAAUGAUCCCUAAAAUAAAAUUAGUCAAAGUUGUGGUAAAGUUAUGGCAUUAAAAAUGAUGUUGUACAUGCAUGAUUACUUAAUUUAGAAUAAAAUGUUCAAAACAAACAUGUAACUUGUUUUAUCAAAUAGAUAUGCACAUUCUUUGGCGGUUAUGACCCACAUUUUUCAAUUACAAAAUCAUGUUUGUUGUUUUGAUACAUUAAUCCAGUGAGUUGAUUAGGGCUAGUUAAAACAGACCCAAUAAUGUCAUUUUAAAAAAAAAGUAGAUUUCCAAUGUUAGAUUUACAUGUUAUGUAUUUCCUGGUGGACUACUUCCUCCAAUCAUUUGUGUGAAUCUAUAUGGUGUACACUUGAGUUGUAUGAAUCAUUAUCAGGUUGGGAAUCUUAACGGUGUACAUGUUAACUUGAGCUACAUGAAUUACUGGCAGGUUGGGCAUCUCAAUGGUGUGCAUAUAAACAUGAGUUGUAUGAACCACUAGCAGGUUGGGCAUCUCAAUGGUGUGCAUAUAAACAUGAGUUGUAUGAACCACUAGCAGGUUGGGCAUCUUUAUGGUGUACACAUAAAACUUGAAAUGUAUGAAUCACUUUUCUCUCAUGUGCAGGUUGAACUGUUUUGUGAACCUAAGGUCAACAAUGAUGGUGGAAUACCUGCUGGUUGCCAAGCAGACAGAGAAGGAAACCUCUAUGUUGCAGACAUGAGGCUGGGAAUCUUAAAAGUUACAUCUAGUGGGGAUUUUCAACAGGUAAUCCUCUGAUAUUAAUCCAACAACUUCUUUAACAAUAAUAUACAGGGUCCUAAACUGCAAAACAGAAAAUAACAUUAUGGUCAUGGCUUAAGGUAGUUGUCUGUUUGGAAAAUAAUUCUGGAGUUAAUUUUUGUUUUCUAAAUUACAGUAAUGACACUUUGGUUAAAACUUACCGUAUUUAUCGGCGUAUAACACUCACUUUUUCUCCCUGAAAAUAGGGGGCAAAUGAUGUGUGCGUGUUAUACACCGAUAUAAUUAAAGUUUUUUUUCCUGAAAUUUCCUUCUAAAAAUGAGGUGCGUGUUAUACGCCGGUAAAUGAUUAGUUUAGCUAAAUGAAUAAUUGUAACUGAAUUGCAAUUCAUUAAAUCAGGAAGAGUGUGGUGAAGUGAACCAAACUCUAAAACAUAUCUUAUUUAUUUAAUUUGUGCAUUUUAAAAAAAAUGUUUUGCGUUAUACUAUAGUUAUACCUAGGAAAUGAGUGAAACAAAGAAUGGCAAACGUGAAAAAAAGACGCAGUAAAACAACGUGUCGGCAAGAAGCCUUCUUCAGCAAACAAACAACAAUAUAGAAUAAACACUUAGCUGCAAUUGCAAUGUAGUACACUCUCUGUUGUUUUGUUUCGUCCUUGAUUCAGGUUUUCCCAUACUUUCUUUUGCUCAUUUCCUAUUACCUAACCUGAUUGUGGUCUCUCCCCCUUAUUACCAUACACAGCUAGCAACGGUAGAUGAUAAAGGCCAAACAAUGCAAGGCUGUAACGACUGUAGUAUGGACUACCAUGGAAACCUUUGGGUGACAGCUCCAGCAGGAGAAAUAGCACCAAACCCAUAUAAACGUUCAUCCAAGGUAACAAAUAGCAUCAACCCCAUAUAUGGUUCCUCAGAGGUAACAAAUAACAACAAACCCAUAUAUGGUUCCUCAGAGGUAACAAAUAGCAUCAACCCAAUAUAUGGUUCCUCAGAGGUAACAAAUAACAACAAACCCAUAUAAAUGUUUAUUAGAGGUAACUUCAGACUAUUUUUUGCGAUUCUGUAGUACUGAGUACGGCAGAAAACCUUCUGGUGACGGUCAGUAAGCCUAGGUACUUUACCAAUAUUAUACUAAUGACUCAAAAUAUCAAUCAUGUGUAGCUGGUAUGUACUGGUACAUUUUUCCCAUUACUUUCAUUGAAAGUCAUAAUUCACUGCAUAUUAAUAUUUCUAUAACUAAAAUAACGGUAAUCCAGUUUUAAACCUGUCAUAUUAAUAUUCAGUGAAGUACAUUUUAAGCUGAACUUUCAAAAAUUGAAAAGUUUGCUAGAUACUGUUUUAAAAAAAUACAUCACAUUACACUCAAUCAUGCACCGUUCUUGUCCUGAUGGUAAUAUUUUAAAGUGUUAUAUUUAUUUCAUCAAAGAAAGUUAGGACAAUUAAAGCAUUUUCAUGAUACAGUCAUGUAGCUACUAAAAAAAAAAUUCCCCAGGAAGCUUUUGGAUCAAUCUACUGUCUCACUUCAGACAAAAGAGUUGUUCAUCUUGAUUCUGGCUUCAGAUUCCCAAAUGGCAUAGCUGUCAUUCACAAUAAAGAUGGCAAGGCCAUCAAAAUUAUAGUAGCAGAAACACCUUUAAGAUUGCUGUGGUCAUAUGACAUCCAAGGUCCAGGUUUGGUCACCAAUAAAACUGCCUGGGCAAGGCUACCUGGUAAGUCACAUAAUGGAAGUUUUAAAUAAAGUUGAAUUAAACAGAUAUUAACCCAUUGUUGCCCAAAUUAUUUCUAAUGAAAAUAUAUCAAUAAAAAUUUAUAUUAAAAUCUUUAUAAAAAAAGUUAGCAUGGACAGUCCUACUGAAUUUUUCUUAGACUUCCUCGUCUUCUUGCUGCAUUUGGCACAUCUAAUUAGCCUUGGGUUGGCAACAAUUAUAAUAUGCCCUUCAUUGUCAUCUGGUACUCUUUUUGCAGAGCUUCUUAGGAUUUUUCAUUGGAUGACCUAGAAGCUAUCAGUAGGGUUAGUUCUAAUUUUAUAUAUUGAAAAUCUCUUGUGAAUCGGAGAAGAUCCAGUAGCGUUGUUUGAUAUGCUGGUGUCAGUCGUUACAACUGCCAUACUGUGUCGACUGAUACGUCAAUUUGAAAUGCCACCAGUGCCAAUAUCACUUCUUUGUGCGGAUGUUGAUACAGUAAUUACCAAUAUUUUCAUUUAUUGUAUCGACUCCUAAAUACACUUUGAAUAUGGGUAGAAUACCACUAUUUCCUUUAGUUUUUUGGCUAUUUUCUGGCUGCACAUUAUAUUCUCUGCUACUACACCCUCUCCCAAUGUAUCAAGAAUAUCAUUUAUGAUAAGAUUUCUUCUUAUCCUGAUGGCAAAAAACCUAACGUGAUAAGCAAUGUAAAGCCCAAUAUUAUUUUUUUUGCAAGUACCAAUGUAGCUACUAGGUAAAUAGUUAACCUCCUUGUGAUAUGCAUAAAAAGUAAAAGGUGUAUAGAACCACACUUAUGAUUAGUAAAAGGAGCAUAGAAUUAGAAGAGUUACAAAACGUCAAAGCUUUUGGGAGAUAUUGCUGACUUUGUACAUUUACUACAAUGAAAAACAGAGCACAUGAAUUUCUUGUGGAACAACGCACACAUGCUGCUACAUCAUGUAGUACUCAAUUUUUCUAUUUUAAAAUAAGUCGUAUCUUGCGCCAAAAAGCCUUCCAUCUUGUGUAGGUGAUGCAACCUAUAAAUCUUUUGAAUACCCAAAGAGGGAUUGUGAAAUUUAAAGAUUUAAAAUGUCCCUUUCAUGGGGCAGUGGCCAGUAAUGGGUUUAUUGGAUAUCACUUAACUCAUUCCCGACAGCCACCCAACUUACUUAUCAGUAUUUCAACUUUUUAUGAACAAAGGGAAGUAACUUUAUUAACAUACCGAAUUGUUAAUGAGCUAGCCUGAAAUUUUUAUUUGUGAUAGUUUUUAAAUAAUUAUGAAAUUUUGAAAAACUAAAAGUUUACAUCCAGAAACGGAUACAAAAAAAUUUAAAUAUUACGACAAAGAAAACUAACAGCCAUACUAAAAUUGGUCAGAACCAGCUGUACAUAUACCAAUGUUCCCUCUAAGGUAUGCUGGUUCGUGUGCAAAUUCAUACAGUUGUGUACAAAGUUAUACAGCAUCACUUUUUUUGUGUGCAAAAUUUUACAGCCCACAAACACAAACUUACAUGAAAAUUUGCUGCGCAGAUACUCAAAACUGCUGCGCGGCGUCUGUGAGUUAGCUGCGCAGCGUCUGUGAGUUAGCUGCGCAGCCACACAGCUUAAAGGGAACAUUGCCUAUAACCAUGAAAUGAGUUAAGGUUAUGUUUCAUUGAAGAAAUAUUGUUCUAUGACAUUCCAAACUUAUUCAAGUGCGUAUGCUUAUAUUACAGUUACACUAUGUGAAUUAUUUAAUCCUCUUACAAUAAAAUACGUUUUUUUUUGGUCCCAACAGUAGUAAAUUAAUUCUGACAAAAGCUACACUUAUGUUCUCCAGAAUGUGAAGGUUUCUCUGGACCUGAUGGAAUGGACUUUGAUGAACAUGGUAAUUUAUUGGUAGCACACUGGGGUAGUGGUUUUAUUGAAGUCUUUUCACCGGAUGGUGGCGAGCCAAUCAAACGUAUUAAGUGUCCUUUUGAUAAGCCAAGUAACAUUCAUUUCGAACCUGGUACCAGCUUUGUUUACGUCACCGAACACACCAAUAACAGUUUGUGGAAGUUUCAAUGGGAAGCCAAAGGAAUGCCUCAAUAUUGUGAUCAAUCAGCUCUACACUGA